GCUCUUAAAACAUGGCGGAGGAAAGACCAUUUUCAGUAGCUGUGUUGUUUGGCGUGGUGUGGGUACUCUUAGCCUAUCUUGCUGGUGUUUUGGUGCUUCCUGUAUGGAGUUAUUUGAACAUAGGACUAUGCAGUUUGGCCGUGUUGUUGUGUGUCAUGAAUUAUGUUAAUGAAUACUUAGGAAAGUUCCCACUGGAUUACAGGUACGAAAUCAAAUGAAGAUUAGGGACCCAUCGUUUAUUUGCGGCCCAGGUUGGGGGGGGGGGUUUUAAGAAAAGUGUGGUGUAUAAAAACUUCCCCCCCCCUCGAAAAAAAUAAUUACAUAUGAAAACUGAACCCCCCCCCCCUCCCCUUGGCAAUAGCAAUUUUCAAAAUGUCCCCUACCCUCCCUGCUCCAACCCCUUCUAGACCAAGAUAGAAUUGUAGUUGGCCUGGUCAAAAGUCUUAACCAAGGUCUGUGGCUUCACAUUUGGAUCCAUUUCAUGCCACUAAAUCAGUAAAAGGAAAAAGGAAAUCCUAACACAAAAACACCAAUAUAAUGUGAAAUAUUAUUUUAUCCCAAUAGACCUUGUCACGGUUUUCGACGCCAUCUUGACGAGUAGGCAAAUGCGUGAGAAAUUACAGUGUUUGUAUGAGAAUCUAAUGUCGAAUAGUUUCCGUAAAACAGCUGUUCUGAAAAAAAUAUCAAUUGUAAACUAAAGCUACAAGGCAAAGGAUUGUCCAACAAAAUUUUGGGGCGUACCUGUGCUUAAAUUUCUCCAGGGGCUUGCUUUAGAUUUUCCGUAUAUUUGUCUGUAAUUUUUCCUGGACUUUCUUACAGACAAAUGUAUAGAAAAUUUUAAAAAGUGGUUCUAGGUCUUCUAGUGCAUGUAACGCCCUCAAAUUUUUUCAGGAGAAUCCUUAGGAGUGGAGCUUUAGUUUACAAAUCAUAUUUUUUUCAGAACAACCGUUCCACAGAAAUUAUUCGGCAUUAGAUUCUCAUGCAAACACUGUAAUUUCUCAUGCGUUUGCCUACUUGUCAAGAUGGCGUCGAAAACUGUGACAAGGUCUAUUUAAUUAGAAGAAUGCUUUCAGAAAAUAUAAAAAUUCUAUAUAUUUUUUACAGAUUUCAGCUGUAUGCAUAGGCAUAUGUGAGUACAUGCUCACUAACUGGUAGUAGAAAUAGCUGACAGGUUUCUGGGCCAAGCUUUAUACGGGUUACAUUUUGUUGUUGACAAAGAACUGCCGAAGCCAAUUUUUUUGUCUACUUCUGAAGGAAACGUGGAUUUGCUUCAAUCAUAAUAUAGUUUGACAACUUGUACAUAAAAGGCCAGCCCUCUAUCAUAAUAUUUCAAUCCCCCCCUCACCUUUUGUGCAUUUUCAAAAUUGGCCCCCCAGAAUCAAGUCUGCUCUGAUAUUGUACCCCCCUCAACCACCCCUCGACCCAAGAUACGCGCACCGACCAUAUGUACCAAUCUAUCCGCUCUCGCUACCCCUAUUCUGUAUAGCCUGCCCCACUAGUCUCGCUCUUCACACACCACAUUCCUUUCAUAUAUGUCUGUUUUCACAAGUUUGAACAAAAAAUCACCGCAUUCUCAUAACUAGUCAAACCUCCCCCACCCUUUUUGUGAAUUUUCAAAACUGGCCCCCCGAAAUAAAGGCUGUAAAAAAAUUUUCCCCCCCCCCCCCUCCACGUCAGGACAUAAUAAACAAUUUGGUCCCUUAGGGCUUUUUACCGAUGUCUUAAAUUUUACUUUUAGGAAAAUUUUCAUUAUUCAUGUAAUCUAUAAUUAAUUAUAUAUUCUCCCCAUUGUUUUAAAAGACAAUAGCAAUUUUUUUCAUACUAGUUACUUUUUUCUCGCAAUUUUUUUUAUACUUCAGAUUAUACCAUAAGUUUCCGUUCUCCAUGCCAGACUGAAUAAUAUUCAAUUGCCCCACUUUGGUUGUGAAAGGCAUAAACAGAACCUUCUACACCAGGUGUAGAAGGUUAUGUCGUCAGUAGUUAGUUUCUAUAGUUUGAGUAUUAAAUAUAGGGCAAAAGACUUGCUGUCCAUAUCAUGGAGGCAUCAUAUGAUAUUGUAAAAUUGACUGCAGUCGCGGCACGGAUGCCAUGUGGGAAUUUGAAUUAUGUCCUUGUUUUGUGCACAUUAACCACAACAAUGGAGAAGUAUCUAUAAAAAACUACCUUUGACAAGAUGUCUUUUAACAACCAAUGAUGCUGAGGCAUUGUUUAUAAAAGGACCACACUCAGCAUGAAGAGAAAAAGAAGUGCGAUAAGUGGUCAAGAAGAUUUCAAUCAAGUUAGAAGAAAACUUAUCCUCAGUUGCGAUUCAUACUUCAGAACUUGUGUGGACUCAAACAGUAGCGCUGAGAGAUUAGCAAAUCUGAACUCUGCGUUUGUGGAGUCAAUAAAGAGUCAUGAAAGUUGUAAACAACACUUGUAAAGUUCAAGCCACUUUAAUUUUUCUUGGACUAGUGGCUUGUCCUCGUGGGCUAGUAAUAUAUUAAACUCCAAGCCCAGUACCUAGUGUCCAAAAAAAAUUAGUAGCCCUGGACAUUAUGAUCGGACGACCCAAUGGCAGCGAAAACGUCUUAGUGAAUUUACUUUCUUUCAGUCUUUAUCUCAAUUAUUCAUACCCAUUUACUUUUAUCACUAGUAGAUGAACCCCCUUGGGUGUGAAUUGCUAGGAAACCUAUCCAAGUUCAGAAAGAGAAAUAAAAUUUUAUGGUAGCUUGUUUACGUUCUCCAUAAAAUGUAAUAUUAAGCAAUUUCAAGUUGUAGUCAUCCAAAAACGGCAAAGAAAUUUACAAAAAAGUAUGGUGCAGGUGUAAAGUUGUUAUUUUGCCCCCUUAACCUAUUGUUUAUUUACAUUCUCGUUGCCAUUGUGUCGUCAGAUCAUAAAGUCCUUAGUGUGGAGCACUGCACCUGUUAAUGUUAAACCUGAGGAGGGACCACAUGCUUUGGGUCACAAAUUCUCCAUCCUUUGGCCAAUAUUUAAGUUCAAGAGAGUAUUAAUUUUUUUAAACAAUAUUAUUAAGAUGGCUGGAAAUAGUGUUAUGACACCAGAGCACCUGAAGCAAAGUACUAAUAUGUGAUAAAUGACAUGCAAUUUAUAAUAUAACUAAUGUCUUUUUUUUUAAUUGAUAUGCAAUGGGGUAGCAGUAAUAAAAAGACCUUUAAUUUUUUCUGACAACAAAUCUCUGCAAACAAUGUGAGUAAUAAUCCGUCUUCCCAUUUGAGUUUGUUUUCUAUCCAUGGAAUACUGGAUAUUCAAAUGGCAAUUGAUUAUACUCACACUACGUAUGCCUAAAUUUUCCUGACACUAAUAAGUUCUCAAAUCCUCAUACAUGGGCCAAGUUUGCUCAAAUUUCCCCUCCCUGGGUUCAGCAUUAAAUUUCAUUCAAAGUACCCCAUAAUAGGACCCCAUAAUCCUGAUAAUAGUUAUAUGUAAUUUAUUGACACAGAUUCGUCCAUUCAGGGUUCUCAAAACUGAAUAAGACCUGGGCCACAGGGAUAGUCCUGUUUUGUCUACAUCCUUGAACCUGGGACCGCCAGAUGGCGAGUCCAACAGUACCAGCUGUCCACUCAGCCACAUUUUCUCCUAAAUUUCUCAAACUCGUUAAUAAUUCAUAAAGAAAAUACAAAGGAAAUUAAUGAUUAAUGAGUGUUUGGAAAUCAGACAAGAAACUGCUCAUUUUUGCAUCCUUAAUUUCUCCCUCUAAAAUCAUUUUGUUUGUGAAGUAAUAGCAAGCAUUCAACACUGUGUUUCAUCACCAGAUCAAACACCUCAAAGUUCAUCAAAAAUACUCUGCUGUGCAUAGUAUCUUUAACUCUCUUCUCAGUGUUUCAUCUGCUGAUCAACCACUACAUCUCAUGACAAUCCUAAAUUGUAAAAUUCCCCCACCCCUCCAAUAAAAAUAUGCUUUUUUUUUAAAUUAAAGAUUAAUACCCUUAAGUUACUGGGUUCUACAUGUAGAUACAUUUUGUUCAUGGGCAAUUUGUAGGAUUCAUAAUUCAUUAUUCAUAAGUCAUAACUCAUUAGCAAAAGAUAUUAUUUCAAUCUGAAAACUGAACAGAGAGGAAAUUCUUGCAUACUACCAGUUUUGAGGUGUUUGUAAGCUUCAUUAAGUUAACAAUGUUUCUAAUUUUUUGUAGUAAAUUUGCCUCAGAUGGAGAGAUCAAUGCACGGCUUGGUUGGUCAUUAACAUAUGCUUUGCCAGCUGUGAUUCAGAUUGUUUUGUGGUAUUUUGUUGGAAUGCCACAGACAACAUUUCACCUUGUAGCUUUAGUGACCUUUGUAGGUCAUUUUGGGAAAAGAGUCCUGGAAGUUCUGUUUCUACACAAGUAUUCCAAGAAGAUUUCUGUUUUGGGAGUAGCAGAGGUAAGACAUUAAAUUUUAUUGAUAGUAGGUGAAUUGGCUGUCUGACUCCAUCCUUUCAAUCCUCUGUCUAAAAAGACUCUUUAAUCCUAUCUGCAUGUCAACCUUGUUUCCAAAGUUCUCACAUAAGGUUCUAUGAGUGAAUGCAUGCCCAAAGUGAACUCCGCAUAAGGGGGACUCCGCAUAUGAAAGGGGUGGGGAUACUCGUCAGAAAUUUUGUAUUCAACCCCUAAAGGAGAACGAUCUGGGAGUGGCGCAAGUUUUUUGACCCCUAAAAGAGACCAUGCUAAAACACAGACAAUAUAUAUAUAUUUAUAUUUUUUUGGCGUGCAACCGUGACUGAGACCUUCACGGCUAAAUAUGAUGGCGUUUUGCCCAGAACACCCUAAGUGAGACCAAAAUUCGAAAUUUACACCCCUAAGCGAGAUGACGAGCAUCCCCACCCCUUUCCCCCCCGGGACUACACACUUCACGCAGUGAGUGAUUGAUACGUUUUCCAUAUCACACCUACCACAACAACUCGCAGAUACCCUUUGGGUAUCCAUGAAUUAAAAAGGACAAGGGUACAACAAAGACUCAGGGGACAAGAUCACACUAGACUGCAGGCUCUAAUCCUCUUUAAUGGAGAUGUUGUAGUUCAAUUUUAUAAUCCUUGUGUUACAGUCAGGGCAGGUCAAGCGUACCGACAAGAUUGCAUUAAUGAAUUUAUUAUUCGAAGGUUGAAUCCAUUGGUAGUUGUAAAUUUCAGUUUCAUCUUUGCACUCUUGCAUAUGUAAAUGAGCAGUGAAUUCACACACGAGGUAUUCAUGAAAGUUCUGCCAGCACAGUUUUCUUGAAUUUGAUCUUUAAUAAAAUUAAUUUUUCAAUCAGACCAAAUACAGUCAGAGGAGUUAUUGUCAAAAAUUCACUGCUCAUUACGAAUGCAGGAAUGCAUAAUAUGUGAAUUUGAGACUGGUUGCAGCAACAACUAAUUGAUUCAUUUAUGCAAACUGAACUGCCUUGACUGUAAAAUGUAUUUUCUCUUUGUGUUAAACACAUUUCCAUACAGUGCCACCAGGGAUAAAAUUGAACCACAACAGAGAUAUUCCCAUCCCGAUGAGUACCAUGGUGUCUCCAUACAAAGCUGUAUCAAUAAAUUUGGGAAAAUCAUUUCUUCUUUUAUAUCCCAGAUUCUGGACUUAAUCUACUGGAACAAAUUUUAUUUUUGAUGGUGUGACAGUGAAAACCAGGGAUAAGUUUGAUUGUUCAGCACUUAGUUGUUAUAAAAAACUGUUUGACACAUCCUUUCGAGACAAUACUUUGUUUGUCACUAUUAUAAAAAGAUAUUUCAUGUUUAAUAAUAAGAAGAUGAUUGUUUCUUGUUCUCUCGUCAGUCACUCAGGAAACUCAACUCAUUUUGCUCUAGACUAGUGCUAGUGAAGGGAAGCCGCAUCUUUCUAGGCUUGAUUUCAGCCACCUUCCCAAUUUGGCUCUUGCAUGAGCAAACACUCAUUUUCCAAAAACAGCAGAGCCCUCGUAUUCAAGCUUAAAUCUUCUAAGCUUUGUCCAAAUGUGCACAAUUCAGCCAAUUAAGAGACUGGUUUAUCACGCAAAAAAACACAUAACUUUGACUGGAAUAUCUUGUUCUACUUUCCAGAUGUAUAAUCCUUUUUUUUAAUUCAAAAUCUUUUAAUUUGAUAUCAGAGUCAAAUACUAUGAACACAGUAGCUGUCUCUUUGCUUAAGUAACAUCUAAUCAACUUUUCCACCACAAGAGAGCCUAUUAGAGAUUUUGUUCUUGAAAGACAGGUUAGAUAAAUUACUAGUUUUUGCAGAGGUUUGUGACUUGCAUUUCUUAUGUGACUGCUAGAAAUAUCUUGAAAAUAUCAAAGCCAUAUUGUUUCCCUUUUCUUUAAUGUGCAGGUGUCAACAUUUUAUUCAGUUGGUUCCAUUGUUCAGCACUACUGGUGUAACAUUUACACAGACAAUACUCUGGCUGUUAACCUGUCCUCCAAUCGCACUGCAUUAACAGUUGGUGUUGUGCUGUACAUAACUGGUGAAUUUAUAAAUUUGUAUCAUCACUGGGUGUUAGCCAAGCUGCGACCAGCUGGUAUCUCAUCUGGGUAUACCGUUCCACAGGGAGGACUCUUCAGUUAUGUUGUCUGUGCACACUAUUGUGGGUAAGUUAGUAAAUAUUAUACAACUAUUUUCAUAGGGGAGGUGAAUUGUGGUGGAUUUAUACCAAGGUGCAAAGCUUUAAGCUCCUGGGUUCAAAUCCCGGCAAGCCUGAAUUUUUCGGGCUUUCUUUUUGCAACGGCAUAAGUUGUCUAUUUAACUGUGAUGAUCAUCUUCAUUUCACACGCUGAUCAGGAGGAUAUUUGUUUAGCUGUUUUAAUUAGUGUCUAACCUUUUUUGUAAAAUAAUAUUAUAAGAUGUCCCUUAGUAAGAGCUUUGAAUUGACAGUGUUUACAAAAUUAGGAGUCAAGUGUAUUUUAUGACUUUGUUGAAGAAAAUAAUUUUCUACUAAGCAGUUAAGACAGACAAGCCAAAUUUUGUUGCUUGUUUGGUAUUUGUUUUUACAGCUGCUUCAUUUAUUGCUGAGUUAAAUGAGAUGUCAUUUUGACUUGUCUCAAAACAGUGAAUAGCCAAGUGAAUAGCCGAGACAGUCUAGGGCUAGACUAUAGUAAGGGUUUUUUGCUUGUUUUUCAGUGAAGUGAUUGCUUGGUAUGGCAUGGCAGUUGUUUGUAAUCACUUGUGUAUAUAUCUUGCAUGGAUGGUAGUUGUAUGCUACUUGGCUGGAAGAAGUCAUCAGACACAACUUUGGUACCAAAAGAAGAUUGAGAACUUUCCUAAGGACAGGAGAAAUCUCUUUCCUGGAGUAUACUAAAACGUUUAUAACAAUUUUUGGUACAAACAAUACUUUUUGAUAUGCAUGCAUUGAGUAACCACUGAGUUGAGUCAAAAGAGUCAGGCAUGUCAGUUAUUGCUUGGUUUCAAACUGAGGAGGACUGGGUGCAAGUCCUCAUAUUAUGGGUUUAUCGAGGGUUUAUCAGCACCAGAGCCACAAACUCGGAAAGAGUGAUAAUGAUCUUUACAAAAUCUUCAAGUAUGGUGUUUACUAGCCUGUGUACAGCCGCCCCUCCCCUCAAAAAAAUCGGAAAGGAUUUUUUUGAGGGGAGGGGCGGCUGUACACAGGCUAGGUGUUUACCAAACCAAUACCAGCCAUUUGAAAAUGUUGCAAUUUACUUAGAAAUGCAUGGAUCGCCAGACGUCUACAGGGCAUAUCGUGUUUUUGAGAUUUUUAAUGGCUGCACUAUAAUUUGUUCAAUAUUGGCCUCAUAAACACCAAACGAGAGGAUUAUUUUUGUUAGGCGCGGUGUGCUCUUUCUGGCUAUGUGGGUCUUGGGUACAGACUUGUACCCCACGGGGUGUACUCGCUCCGAGUCUGUCUGCUCCGUCUCCUGCCACUAAUUUUGUUAACUGGCCAGUGCUGACCAAAUUUGGAUUAAUUUUUCUAUUUUUUGACAAUUUGCAUCACUCAUCCAGUUAAAGAAAACUACUGAGCAAUUGACAUCACACAAAGACUGUGAUGUGGCAGCUAAGCUGUUGUUUAAGUAGUCAGAGCUUGAGAAAAUAGUGGAUGAUUUGACAGCUAUGCAAAGACAAAACAGCCAAAUAACUGACUCAAAGAGACAACAAGAAUCUGCCAUGCCAAGAAUAACAGACUACUGUACCACCUAUGUUCACAUCUUAAAACUGCGGAGCUGGCAAAUGUUUUGAAGAACUUUUUUACACAAGAACUUACCACCACCUCAUUAGUUUACCAGUAUUUAUGAGCAUCAGUUUACCAAGCAAGUUGUCAGUUCAAACCCCAGCAAGACCAACAACCAGGGUCUUUGAAAAACUGGUACGAUCAUGCUGGCUGUGUUCAGGUGACUGUGUCAUUGGGCGGUGACGUUAAGCUGUUGCCCUUGUCUCCUUCAUUAUUGGAGGGGGGAUAAGAGAGAAUGGGUAGAAGACAAUUUGCUGGUGUGGUGUAUCUCUCGUGGGGGAGGGGACGGUAAUAGGCCCACAGUAAUUGGCCUUAUGCUUUUGUGGUGACCCCACUAACUAAUAUUAAUUUUUCAUUAAAAUAAAACAAGAAAUUGAAACCUAGCCUUCAUAUGAAAAAGGCUUAUCCAUCGCAGAGGGAAUGGUCUGAAAGAGCUUAAUUCCUUCUUUGCACUGCAUAAUUUUUUAUAUCAAACUCAGAUUUAAUGUUUGCUUAUGCCCGGAUUUAGGUUAAGCAAUUACUUGGAGAGGGGUAGAUAGAUGUAGCCUGGAAUGUUGACUGAUACAUCAAACACUAAUGAACUAUAUGCGUAAAGAGUGCAACAAGUAAUACAUUGUAUGUAUAGAACAGUAUCAAGCAGAGUUUAUUAGUGAAAAUAAUGGAAUUAUUGCUUUGUGUUAAGGGACAUGAAUGACACAGUCAUGUCAACUGAUACAAGAUGCAAAGCCAGGAUUGUUUUAAAUUUAAUUUUUCUCUCAAAUGCUAUGUACAUCAUUAGAGUAAGUGCUACUAGUUGAAAUUGUUCUGUAAUUUGGCCAAAUAUUUGCUCCAAAAUGUUCGUAUACUUCCUAUAAAGCGGGAAUUAUGCUUGAAUUCCACUGGCAAAAAUUAAUUUUCCUUCCUGCCAGAGGAAGUGAGGUACUGCAAAGACAUCAUGAACAUCUUAUUAAAUUUAACAACAUUCACAUUAAAUAUACUCAAUGGUUUAAUUUUCACAAAAAAAAAACACAUUCCCAGUGGAAAUGGAGAGCUCAUAGGUAGAGCAAAAUAACAUCAUAGUAAAGAUGCCCAUAAGAGAACCCAGCACAUCUAACAGAUCUGUAAGCUAUUCGGGUAAUUCAAUUUUUGCUUCAAAGCUUAGUGUAGGGACUUGAGUUUUGGUUUUACAGAACUUAAAACCUUUUGAGGUUAAACUGAGAAAACUUGGGUCUUUACAGGUAAGUUAUUAGCUAACAAGAGGAUUGAUGCAAAUAUUUAGCACACUAAAAGAGGAUGUCAUUGGGGUUAACGUCUAGCAUAUAACUCCUUAUUCAUCUUGUAGCAAUAAAAAUAACAAAAUGUGAACGCACUGUCAUACAACAAGUUCUUGUUUUAUAGCACAUAGUUCAUGGAAGUCAAAUAUUUGAACAUUUUUGAUAAGAAUGCCCCAAUGCAAAAAGUACUGCUGGAUUAAUAUUUUUUUGUUUAAAUUUAAAAUUAGGGUAAAAUUGAAGAACAGCUCCCUCAAAAAUUUGUUGGUCGUCUCUUGGUAGACUGUUGACCAAUAGUUCAUUGACAGACAACCAACAAUUGGCCGACAGAUUGAAACCUAACUCUGGCCAACUGUCGGCCAACAGUCAGCUGACACUUUUCUGUGUAAAUGGGAAAACGGUCAGCAGACUGUUGACCAGUCAUCUGCCGACUGUUGGUGACAGCCGGCAGAUUUUUUGGGGAGCUGUUCUUCAAUUUUGCCAAAAUUAGCCUCACUAACCUUGCUUGAAAUAAAGUAAUCUUAAAAUUUUAUUCAAGAACAAGGCUGAUGAGGGUGAUUUGAAUAUGAACUGCUGUGGCCAUUUUUGCAUUAGAUCUAUAGCACACACAAAAAAGUGUUCAGUUAUCUCCAGUAACGUUUCAUUUUUUAGCAACUUAGUCCACAAGGUGAUAAACAUUUAUCCUGCACUGUACUCAGCUGAAACUUAAAUAUCUUAAGGAGAUGAUCUACUAAGACAUCACUAGAAUACAUCCCAUUGACACCCUCAAAGUAAUGCAUCUAAAAAAACAGUAAAAGUCUUUACAAUCCUAUACAAAACUCUUAAUAUGCAAUAUUAAUAUUAAUAUAUUUACAGUCAUAGCAUGACCUGUACAUUAAAUUUUUAUUAGAGUAUUUUGAAUAAUUCCAUCUAACAAAAAAUAGAAUGUUCAGUAAAAAUCUUCUUGGCAUCUAUAUUAUAAAACUAAGGUCGAUGGAACCUGCAAGAAAGGGGAUGCGAUAAAUAACUAUAGAUAUAAUUAUGAUAGAGCUGCAAUAGCAAUAAAGACAGAAAAGACUUGAAAAAUUUUCUGUUUGUUUAUCAAGAAAAUACAAGGCAGCCUGGCAAGAGAAUCAUAUACAUGAUCAGAAGUAACUGACGUCUAGUUUUUUUACUAGUACAACCCAAGCCAUAAAACCACAAAAUAAUUACCUUUUUACUUGUGGCUUCAUUUUCUCACAGCUGAUCGAGUUUCUUUUUUGGUUAACACAAUAAAAUUCCAGAAAUUUUUAUGUCCAUUGUUUCACAGUAAUUUUCGGAAGGAUAUUACACUUAGGGCCUGGUUACAUGGCCAGACUGGCUCACAGUGCCAAAAACUUGGUAAUUUAGUUAAACACAACAUAAUAAACUUUUGAGAUUGCACAACAACCAAGCAAGCCCAGUUAGCUGGUAUCCUGGGUAACCAAGCUGGAUAUUUUCAAUGUCAUCAGGCUUGUC